AUGUUUGGGAUCCAAGAUACUUUAGGAAGAGGACCAGCUCUGAAAGAGAAAUCGCUGGGCGCCGAGAUGGAUUCGGUCAGGUCCUGGGUCCGGAAUGUCGGCGUGGUGGACGCCAAUGUCGCUGCGCAGAGCGGAGUAGCCCUGUCCCGGGCCCACUUUGAGAAGCAGCCUCCUUCCAACUUGAGGAAAUCCAACUUCUUUCACUUCGUCCUGGCGCUCUACGACAGGCAGGGGCAGCCGGUGGAGAUAGAGCGCACUGCCUUCGUAGACUUCGUGGAGAACGACAAAGAACAAGGCAACGAGAAGACCAACAACGGCACCCACUACAAGUUACAGCUCCUCUACAGCAACGGUGUCCGCACGGAGCAGGACCUGUACGUAAGGCUCAUCGACUCGGUCACCAAGCAGCCCAUAGCUUACGAGGGACAAAAUAAGAAUCCGGAAAUGUGCCGAGUUCUCCUGACACACGAAGUGAUGUGCAGUCGAUGUUGCGAAAAGAAAAGUUGUGGCAACCGAAAUGAGACUCCUUCAGACCCUGUCAUCAUCGACAGAUUCUUUUUAAAAUUUUUCCUCAAGUGCAAUCAGAAUUGUUUGAAAACAGCAGGAAACCCAAGGGACAUGAGAAGGUUUCAGGUCGUUUUGUCAACAACGGUGAACGUGGAUGGACACGUGCUGGCUGUUUCCGACAACAUGUUUGUUCAUAACAACUCAAAGCACGGGCGGAGAGCAAGAAGGCUGGACCCAUCGGAAGGUAGUCCUAUCUUCUUAGCUACUCCAUGCAUCAAAGCCAUUAGCCCGAGUGAAGGCUGGACCACUGGAGGAGCCAUGGUCAUCAUCAUUGGGGACAACUUCUUUGAUGGCCUCCAAGUGGUGUUUGGGACUAUGCUUGUAUGGAGUGAGCUAAUAACUCCUCAUGCCAUCAGAGUGCAGACUCCUCCUCGGCACAUUCCUGGAGUAGUAGAAGUGACAUUAUCUUAUAAAUCCAAACAGUUCUGCAAAGGAGCUCCAGGGAGGUUCAUUUACACAGCAUUAAAUGAACCCACCAUAGACUAUGGCUUUCAGAGACUGCAGAAAGUCAUCCCAAGGCAUCCUGGAGAUCCUGAGAGAUUAGCUAAGGAAAUGCUGUUGAAAAGAGCUGCAGAUCUGGUGGAGGCGCUCUACGGGACGCCACACAAUAACCAGGACAUCAUUUUGAAGCGUGCCGCAGACAUCGCUGAAGCCCUGUACAGUGUCCCCAGGAAUCCCAGCCAGAUCCCAGCUCUCUCCAGCUCUCCGGCUCACAGUGGCAUGAUGGGCAUCAAUUCCUACGGCAGCCAGCUUGGGGUCAGCAUCUCAGAGUCAACACAGGGAAACAAUCAAGGAUACAUCCGCAACACAAGCAGCAUCUCUCCGCGGGGCUACUCUUCCAGCUCUACGCCUCAGCAGUCCAACUACAGCACCUCCAGUAACAGUAUGAACGGCUACAGCAACGUCCCCAUGGCCAACCUGGGUGUCCCAGGAUCUCCAGGAUUUCUAAACGGCUCCCCCACAGGCUCCCCUUAUGGAAUCAUGUCAUCCAGUCCCACUGUUGGAUCUUCCAGCACGUCCUCCAUCCUCCCAUUUUCCUCUUCAGUUUUUCCUGCUGUCAAACAGAAGAGUGCCUUCGCCCCUGUCAUCAGGCCCCAAGGCUCCCCUUCACCUGCUUGCUCCAGUGGCAACGGAAAUGGAUUCAGAGCCAUGACCGGACUUGUCGUGCCCCCAAUGUAA